AUUUUUGGAAUGCAUCCAUCUUUUCCCAAAAAUUUUUUUAUUUCUUUCCCCUUGUAGCAAGCACACCAUCUUGAUAUUAGAUCGGAAUGAAAACAAUGACGGAGGAAAAUACUGCAGUGGCCAGAAAGAAACGGUCGUGUAUUAUUGUCGGUGGGGUUCUCCUCUGCCUCAUUCCGCUCUUUCUUACAGCCUUGAUCUUGGCACUGACUUUGUUUAAGGCCAAGGAACCAAGGAUUCAGCUUCUGUCCGCUGCUGUUGAUGGGGUGGCCCCUAGAAUUUCUUUUCCAGUUAUUAAGAUCCAGCUAAACAUCACCCUUGACCUGCAACUUCUAAUCCAAAAUCGAAACAGGGCGAGCUUUAGGCAUGGCACAGGGAAGAGUUUGCUUCUGUAUCGAGGCAAACAGGUCGGGGACAUUGAUAUCUAUCCAGGUUUGAUCCCUGCCAUGGGAUCUACUAGGCUUGCCUGCCGGCUGACCCUGCAGGUGGACAAGAUCGCAUCCAAUAUAACAGCUCUGAUUAAGGAUGUUUUGGAUGGUGAAGUUGACAUGACGACUCAGACGAGGAUUCCAGGUAGGGUGACCUUCUUGGGAUUUAUCAAGAAGCAUGCUGUUGCAAAGUCAGAAUGCCAGAUUGCCAUUGCUUUCCCCGCCUUUAAGGUCCGGAACCAGACAUGCAAGACCAAGACAAAGCUGUGAGAUUUACUUGAUGUGAAAUAGAUCCUAAAAUAUCUUUUGUUUUCUUCAUUUUGUUACCAUUGGGAUGUCAUAAUUUUAAGGGAUAAAGGAGCUGAGUACUUCUCGUACAUAAUAAUGCCUGCACAAUUCCGCUUCUUGCUUCUUUAUUUCGAAUAGGUAUACUCUCUAGAAAUGCUAUAGUUCCAUGGUUUGUUAGGACUCUAAUUUUCAUCCUACUCUAUAAAAUGUCUGAAUUUGA